GAUAUAAAAUUAAAUAAAAACUUAAACAAAAAACAAUUGUUUAUUUAUUUGAAAUAAUUUAUCAUUCAACGCACCAGGAAAAUGCCACUGACUAAAAUUAAAAUCAUUUGCAAAAAAUCAUGUGCCUUUGAAAUUAAUGAAGGUAACCUCUAACUGCCAACCUCCAUCAAAAACCAUUUUACUGUGGAACAGAAAGUGGUCGCUCCAGGGAGGUUUUACUGUACUAUAAAAGGAAUAACUAAUUUUAUAUAAGGAAUCUCUAAAACUUUCAAAUUUUUCUCGAAAAUGACUGGCUGGUGUGCUUUCUUAUUAGGGGUAUAAGUAUUUUGAUUAGGUGUUAUAUUUUAAAAUAUGAUUUUCAUAAAUCUCAAUUCAGACAAAUCUCAUUAAUUUCAAAAAAAAAUUCUUUGUUUUUUCAGGGGUGUCCCUCUUGCUUUUGUCUCGGAAGAAAGAUCUAUCAUGGAUCUUCAAAUAAAAUAAUAGAUUAAGAGAAUAAAAAUUAUUUUGAUAUUUCCUGUAGAAUGUACAAUUUUACUUCUGUUCCAAAAGUCUCUUAAUUUGUUAUUUUAAAGUAGUUUUAGUUAUAUUUGAACAUUAUAUAUCUAGAUAAUAUAUAUCAUUAUAUAAUGUGGGGUUCUUAAUAUGUGUCACAUAUAAGUUGUUUUUUUUUUUCCAGUUGUUUGUUGCUGAAUAUUUUUGGUAUUGUUUUGCAGAGAAUUCAUACUUCAGGGUGUCCAGCGAUCGGGAAAACCGGGAAUUAUCAGGGAAUUUUUUAAUUAUGGAAAUAUCAGGGAUAUAUCAGGGAAUUUUUCUGAAAUCUUUGUAAAUCAGGGAAAAGUAUUCAAAUAGCCAUCAAUCGCCGAAUGCUUCAAACCGCGGCGCUACCCUUCGUAAUGGAUGACGUCACAAACAAGUUUUCUUUCCCGUGCGGUAAGUAGCUGUGGCCCAGUAGUUGCUGACGUCAUUUCCUACCCGAUAUCGUCACGUGGAACCUCCCAAGCAGCUUUGCAUCUGAGUCAAAAGGAUCGUGCAUGUGUUCGCCUCUGUUUCUAAGGAAUUUUGAUAAAACAAUAAUUGUAUGACUGCUCGGUUCCAAGUGGAUUGGCUUCAUAAUCCAGAAUUCAAAGACUGGGUUAAGGAGGUUGAAUCAGAUAUCCAUAGAGCAAAAUGUGUUUCAUAAAUCUGUUAGGAUGUCUGAGAAGGAUGUAGAAUUAUUUCAGCUUUUAUUUCCAGAUAGCGAGAUUGCCAAAAGCAUUAAACUAAAAAAAAGUAAAAUAGCAUAUUCUAUUUUAUAUGGUAUUGCUCCAUAUUUCAAAACAGAACUAAUAACAAAUAUUUCGAAAUGCGAGUUUUUCACUGUUGGAUUCGACGAAUCUCUAAAUAAGGUUUCCCAAAAGACUCAGAUGGACAUAAAUGUAAGAUUCUGGUGUAAUGAGCAAGAACUUGUUUGCACCAGAUAUUUAACUUCCGCAUUUUUAAGUCGCACCACAGCGGACGAAAUAAGGCGCAAUUUUAAAGAGGCUUUGUCGAUUUUGAAUAUAUCAAAAAUGGUGCAAAUUUCUAUGGAUGGCCCAAACGUCAAUCAUAAAUUUUUUAAGGAUUUAAAAGCUGAGAUAAGAGAUGAAAGCCAGGACGGCCAUCCAAUCAUUCUUAAUAUGGGCAGCUGUGGAUUGCAUGUUUUACAUGGAGCUUUCAAAACAGGAAUCAGGAUGACAAAUUGGUCAUUGAUUCAGUUUUUGCGGUCACUGUACAACCUAUUUAAAGGUGUUCCGGCACGUCGUGCCUUGUUUGUACAAUAUACGGGCUCGAAUGUAUUUCCAAUUAAAUUUUGUCCUGUACGAUGGCUGCAGAAUGGAGAUGUUGCACAACGUGCCAUAGAUAUGAUUCCCCACCUGAGGAAAUUUAUAUCUGGAGUGAAGCUGAAUAAAGAUAAUUUACGGACUGAAUCAUUUAUCAAUGUUUGUGCAAUUAUUGAAGAUCCUCUUUUAGAGGCAAAACUACAAUUUUUCAAGUCCCUUAUUGCUGAAGUAGAGCCGUUUUUAGAGGAAUUCCAAAAAGACGCCCCACUUGUUCCAUUUCUCUAUAGUUCUUUGCAUUCUAUUUGCCUAAAUAUUAUUAGUAAAUUUGUUAAAGAUAAUAUCAUAAAAGAAAAUUCCUUACAUAAAAUAGAUUUUAGCAAGAAAGAUAACUUUUUACCUGCAGAUAAAAUUGAUUUAGGCUAUGCUGCACGCAAUGCUUUAAAAAAGAGGAACAAAGAAAAGAAAAUUGCAGAUAAUGAAGUGUCUCAAUUUCGAAAUGAUUGCCUAGCAUGUUAUAAGUCCUUUGUUUCAAAAUUAUUUGAGAAAUCACCAUUGCUUUAUCCACUAACUAAGGCAGUGACAUGCUUCGAUCCAGAUGUGGCAAUUGUUGUCGAUUUGGCUUCAUUAAGGAUUAAGAAUUUACUUACAAUUCUCAUGGAAAAUGCUUGGAUCGAUGGGCCUACAGCUGAUAAAGCUGAGCGCCAAUAUAAAAGUGCGUUGAAGCAAAAUCUUGUUAUAGAGUUACUUAAAAAUUUUAAUAGGACUGACAGUCGUGUCGAUGUGUUGUGGAGAGAUGUGUUUAAACUCCUCAAAGAUCACCAUGAAAUCUCCAAAGUAAUGAAACUCACCAUGAGUUUGUAUAACGGUAAUGCAAACGUUGAGAGAGGUUUCUCUGUAAACUCUCAAUGUUUGAUAGAAAAUUUAAAAGAAGAGACUUUGAUAUCACAAAGAAUAGUAUACGAUACUAUUAUUUCCACUGUAAAAAAUGUAAAUUCGUAUAAAAUUUCUAAACCCCUUGUGCACUCCUUCCGAAAUGCCCAUUCAUUGAUGAAGGAAGAUACAAAAAAACGUAAACUUGCAGAUGAGGAAAAUUUGGCUAUUGAAGCCAAAAAGAAAAAAACAGCAAUGAUUAAGAAAGAAUUGGAAAAAAAAAUUGCUAAAAUCAAAGAAGAUGCUUCGAAGGAAAUUAGUAAUGUAAUGGAGCAGAUUGAUUCUUUGUGAAAUAAUGUGAGAAUAAAUGUUUUUGUGAUACAGUGAUUUCUUGUAUUUGUUUAUUCAGUGUUGAAGUUAUGUAACAUUUUAUGUACUAGGAGAAAUAUAAGUUUGCAGUACUUUGUAUAAUAUCUAUUUUAUUUCCAAAUGCAUAAUGUUUAUAUGGUUAUAUUAUAGUUAUAGGUUAUAUUACAUUUUAGAUUAUAAAAUUUCUUAUUAUUAAAAUUGAAAAUUAAACAUCUGCCCGAUACAGGGAAAUUCUGGGACUUACAGGGAAUUAUCAGGGAAAUAUCAGGGAAUUUGAUAAUGUCUUCUCACUGGACACCCUGUACUUAAUUACACUAUUAAAUUUUAGGUAAAAACUGUGACAAAAAUUAUCAAAA